UGGGACCAACGCCACUGAGCUGUGACCGAGACCACGGCCGGAGAUUUUAGCCAGCCCCGACGACCAAAAUGUCCUCAUUAUUGAAGCCGUUUUCGGUACAUGAGGGCCCGUGCGAGAGCUGCGGUGUCCGGCGUGGAUGCCCGACCACAGCACCUCAUCAUCAACCCCCAUCCCGAUGCCUGGCUGCUGCCGCGGCGGGGCUGGGCUCCCUCCCGCCUCACUCCCAGUCGUACGGGGUGAGGAGAAAUCUGGCAGCUGCUGCGAUCGGAGGAAGGAAAACAACGCAUCCCGGAAAGGCCAUCCUUGCAGGUGGUAUUGCAGGAGGAAUAGAGAUUUGUAUCACCUUCCCUACAGAAUAUGUGAAGACCCAGCUGCAGCUAGAUGAGAGAGCCAACCCACCACGAUACAGAGGGAUCGGUGACUGUGUGAAGUUGACUGUGCAGGACCACGGUCUUAGAGGGUUGUAUCGAGGUCUCAGCUCUUUGCUUUAUGGAUCUAUCCCCAAAUCUGCAGUGAGGUUUGGGACGUUUGAGAUGCUCAGUAACCCCAUGCGGGACGCCAAUGGUCGCCUCGACAACACGCGGAGUCUUUUGUGUGGUUUAGGGGCAGGGAUCGCUGAGGCUAUCGUGGUCGUCUGUCCCAUGGAAACCCUCAAGGUAAAGCUGAUCCACGACCAGUGUUCCCUUCGGCCACGCUACAGAGGCUUCUUCCAUGGAGUCAGCGAGAUUAUAAGAGAACAGGGUGUGAGGGGGACAUACCAGGGUCUGACUGCGACUGUGCUGAAACAAGGAACCAAUCAGGCCAUUAGAUUCUAUGUGAUGAACGCACUACGCAAUUGGUACAAAGGUGAUGACCCUAGGCGUGAGAUGCAUCCCAUUGUCACAGCAAUGUUUGGAGCAACAGCAGGGGCUGCCAGUGUUUUUGGCAAUACUCCUCUGGAUGUGGUCAAAACCAGAAUGCAGGGUUUGGAGGCCCACCGGUACAAAAACACAAUGGACUGUGCCUUCCAGAUCUUGAAAAACGAAGGACCGCAGGCGUUCUACAAAGGGACAGUCCCUAGGCUUGGCCGCGUGUGCUUGGAUGUGGCCAUAGUCUUCGUCAUCUAUGAGGAGGUGGUCAAACUACUCAACAAUGUGUGGAAGACUCAAUAAACCAACCGCAGAGUGGCAGAGGGAAACGACAGCAGCACAGACCAGUGCCUCAUGCUACGUAUAAGUGACUAGUUCUACUCUUCUAGUUCAUAGAUCUCUACAUAGCCCUGAAAGGAUCUAAGCUUUAUUCGGCUUAACCAGAUUUCUCUCUGAUGCGUUUAAUAAAUGGAUAGAGUUUACUCGAUGAUUUGUAGGACACUGCCCUGAAGAGGGUGAUUAUAGGGGCAGUAGCGGCUUGUUACUAAACUGAGUUCAGGCAUUAGUCUGUGGGCCAGUCUUACCCCUCAAACUUGACCGCUGAAUCUUGUCCCUCAGAUGAUUGGAAAAGAAUACCUUAAAACACUAAGUUAUCCCAUAACCAAUGUUUUUUUUCCUGACUUUUCCGAAGUUGUGUUGUCAGACUUAGGAGUGAAGCACUAUAGGGCUAUUUUUUUGUUUUAAAAUGAAAGCAAGGGGUAAAUCAUAUUAACAAGUAGAUGAUGUAAAGACUGGUUAAUCUGAGCGCACCUGUGCCCCUGAGAAAACUUGUAAGAGAGAGUGAGAUCACUGCUUACCCUCAAUAUCUUUCCAUUUCUUGACUUUUCUUUUUGAGAGUCACACUGGCAAAGUUUGGUCAUCAGUGUGAUUUCAGAAGGAGGCUAGAAACACAAGAACGAUAUGUGCAAUAUUCAACCAAAGGUUCAAGUGAAAAGGGGCAGAAAAGACAAACCUCAUGUGUGUUUGAAUGCAAAGGGAUAUCAAAUAUGUCUGUUACAAUUUAACUUUCUGACUAUUGCUACUGUAUAUGUAGAGAGUGAACACUUUUUACUUAUAUGAAACCAUACAUGUGUCUUCUAAUUCACCAAGUACUUACUCAAAUGAACUAGGGACAGAGACGUUGCCAGACAGAACCAAGCGCGCCACAGGGCAGAACUGGAUCUUGACUUUGGACUGUCUCUAGAGUACUUCAACACAUCUAGGUGUUGUACUUGCUUACAUGAUUGUGCUUGUAGUAUCAUGACACUGCAUUUUAUCACAGACAUUGUACAGUGUUCCCUGGCUGUGUCUUAGUGAUGAACUUUAACGAGAUGCUGUUUAUUGUGCAUUUUAUGACUGCUGCUGACAACAGAGUACGGCUGCAUGAUUCUCGAUGUAGCAUCUAUCAUAUUACACAUCAACUGUGGCCUGCAGGGUUACCGAUGCUGUGCCAACUGGUCUUGAAUCAGAAACCUCUCAUGCAGGUACAUGUGUGUGGUCUUAAGAAAAGGAAAUAUUACAAGAUUGCUCAGCAGAAGUGAGUGAGCACUUUGCCAUCCUGGGCAAAUUUUCAAGAUCAGGCAUGCUGAUGAGGCAAACCAUAUCUGGGUUCGACUGUGAUUUUCUACAGUUGUGUAGAAGAUCACAGUAGAACCACAUUACACCACAAUUAAUCUGUCAUCCUAAUCCAUUACCAAUGAUUUAAAUGCUCAAAACAUUAAAAACUCAUCCAAUAUGAAAUGCAUGUCGUUAAUCCGAUUAACCAAGAAACUAAAGCCUAUGCAGUUGGUUAAAAAUUGGGUUAAUAUUGCUGUUAUAGACUGGGGCUUUAAGAAUCAAGUGACUUUGUAGGAAAACUAAUCAAAUUUACCUCUAUUCCAGACAAAAUCUCAACAUAUAGAUGUGCUAAUUAAACCAACUCACUUUGAUCCAAUGCAACCUCAUUUUCUUGUGCAUUUUAAUCCAAUGCAGCAGUCAGAUUGUCAUAUUUAGUCAGAUUGGCAGGCCAUGGCUAAAUGUUAUAUGUCAGUAUCUUAACUCUUCAUAU